CUCUGGGCAGCUCCCGCCCGGCGCGCUCAGAAGCUCUUCUGCUCCGGCUCUGGUCCCCGGGCCAUGGGGUUCCUCCGCGAGGCCGCCCUGUGUGCGGCGUGACGGGCGGCUCAGAUGGUCACCAUGGGCCAGUGCUACUACAAUGAGAGCGUCGGCUUCUUCUACAACAACAGUGGCAAGGAGCUCAGCUCCCACUGGCGGCCCAAAGAUGUGGUUGUGGUGGCACUGGGGCUGACUGUCAGCGUGCUGGUACUUCUGACCAACCUGCUGGUCAUCGCGGCCAUCGCCUCCAACCGCCGCUUCCACCAGCCCAUUUACUACCUGCUCGGCAACCUGGCCGCCGCCGACCUCUUUGCCGGGGUCGCCUAUCUCUUCCUCAUGUUCCACACAGGCCCGCGCACAGCCCGGCUCUCACUUCGGUGCUGGUUCUUGCGGCAGGGCCUGUUGGACACGAGCCUGACGGCGUCCGUGGCCACCCUUCUGGCCAUUGCCGUGGAGCGACACCGCAGUGUGAUGGCCGUGCAGCUGCACAGCAGCCUGCCCCGAGGCCGGGUCGUCAUGCUCAUCGUGGGCGUGUGGGUGGCCGCGCUGGGCCUGGGGCUGCUGCCCGCCCACUUCUGGCACUGCCUCUGCGCCCUGGACCGCUGCUCACGCAUGGCCCCCCUGCUCAGCCGCUCCUACCUGGCCGUCUGGGCCCUGUCCAGCCUGCUCGUCUUCCUGCUCAUGGUGGCCGUGUACACGCGCAUUUUCUUCUAUGUGAGGAGGCGGGUGCAACGCAUGGCAGAACAUGUCAGCUGCCACCCCCGCUACCAUGAAACCACGCUCAGCCUGGUCAAGACCGUUGUCAUCAUCCUGGGGGCAUUUGUGGUCUGCUGGACGCCGGGCCAGGUGGUGCUGCUCCUGGAUGGUCUGGACUGCAAGUCCUGCAACGUCCUGGCUGUGGAGAAAUAUUUCCUACUCUUAGCCGAGGUCAACUCGCUGGUCAACGCCGUGGUGUACUCAUGCCGAGAUGCUGAGAUGCGCCGUACCUUCCGCCAUCUCCUCUGCUGUCUGUGCCUCCGCCGGUCCACCCACAAGUCUGUUCGCUACAUGCCCUCCACCCAGACAGGCACUCGCAUCAUGCUUCCUGAGAAUGGCCAUUCCCUGAUGGACUCCACCCUUUAGCUAACCUUGGACUUCAGCGCCGUACAGCACAUGCCAGAUCGCCGCCCCUGGCCACUUGUGGAUGCUCCUGGCUCUACCCAAUCUGUGGGCCAGACUUAAAGGCAGACCCUCAGUCUGGCGUGGCAUGAAACCACUGCCCCCUACCCAGGCACACAACUGUGCGUGUCUCAGGGCCUGCAGGUCGCUGUCAUCUAAGCACCUGGUAGAGAGUUGAAUGAGGUACAGGAAUCCGGCUCUUCAGCCAUCUCAGGUUGUGGGGCUUUUUAAAGGACCUUUUUUCCUAUUUUUACUGCACGUGCCUGAUAAGCCCUAUGGACUGCUUCCUUGUCCAUGGUGGUAUGGGUAAAUAAAGGUGGGCGAGAUGAGGGCUUUCUCAGGCCACGCUGCCCAGUGCAACAGUGUAAAAAGGACGGACCAUGGGUGGCCCAUCUGCCUAAGGCUGGUUGUGUAGGGGCACAGACUGAGGAGUGCUGAGCGUGAACUGGGAAAGGUUUAUGGCCCCUUGCAGCCUCCAGGGGUCUUGCCUGUCCCCAUAAGAACUGAGGGGGUCUACAAGGAGGGUGUGAUAUAAGGAGUAAACCUUUUCGCUCUGAGGUCUCCAAAGCCUUUUCUGUUGUAAGCUUAAUCUCUCUGUCCCUAUGUCCCAGAAUUGUCUACCUCAGCUCAGGCUGAGCUGGGAUCCUUCAUCAUGGCAUCUCCUGGGCCCUGUUCCCAUUCCCCUUUGGUGUUUGCAUGGCUAUGGCUCCAUCUCUCUUGUUGUUCCCUUUUGCCUCUGUCUCCUCCACCUGUUCCCCUGCCUUCAUCUUGUCACCUGCCUCUCUGUCUCCAUCCUCUGGAACCCAGAGUGAUCUCUGGCUUGUGUGAGCCUUCCCUCUCCUGCCUGCCCCUUUGUCUGAGUCCAGAUUAAUAGGUGUGUCUAUCCCAUUGCCCAUUCCAUCACCGAGAUACAGACCUGUGGGCUAAGGGUAGUGGGCUCCAUGGACCAGAAUGCAGGAUUUUAGCACUGCCAUUUCUUAAGCUCCUCUGAUGUGCCCGGCACACUGGUAAGCAUUCUAGGUGCAUUAUUUAAUCACCACCUGCAUCUUGUGGCAUAGGUAUUAUAUAUAUUUUCAGGUGAGGACAGUGGCUCAGCGAGAUUGAGAUUUGGCCUAUGGUUACAUAGUUUCAAAAGGGCAUUAGAGAUGCAUCAAGGGACUAGAGAGGCCCCUGAGGAAAGGACUUCAGAUUUCCACAAAGUCCGGAGUUGGUCACAAGCCCAGCCUGGCUUUCCCCACUUCACGCUAUGGUCUCAGAUGUGCUAGACCCAUGAUGAGUCCCCUCUCAGAUGCUAGGCACAGAGUAAACCAGAAUCUGGAUUCUCUGCUUCCACACCUAGCCAGAAUUUGAACCCAGGCCUCCCAUCAGAAGCUGAAUUCUUAAACUAAAGCAUGCAUUGCCAAAGAACCAAAAACAUGUAGGUCUUUCUACAUUAAAUGGGGCUGGGUUUCCCUCUGGGAAAACUCUCCCUGCCCUACAUCAGCUCUGUGAGGAGGCAGGAAUAAACUGAGGUACUUCUCCAGGGUCCAAGGUGGGCAGUGUGGCUCCUUGAGCUUGGGGCCUGAAUCUCUGGAAGUGAUGACCUAGGCCAGCACCUUCUACCACAUGGGUGGGUACAUAGUCCUCGUCUCCAUGGCCGGCUGGACAGAAGCAUCACUUUGGGUGCCAAGGCAGCCAACCAUUCCUAUGCAGUGGGAACCCCCAGUGCUCUCCAAAGGUAGCUCUGUUUCACCUGCUCUGAGCUGGCUGCUCUUGCCUCAGCAUCUUCCAGGUUCUAACCCACACUCUUCUGAUCUUUGGGAUCUUGUCCCAUCAGUUUUUCCCUCUCUUGUAGGUCUCUUCUCUCCACCAUGUGACUUCAGGUUUUUGUCUCAGGUGGUCCCUGAACCCCCUCCCCGCACCACUGUUCUCUGAAAGAUGCCAAAGUUACCCACUACUUUUCAGGUCUCCUAUGUUGUGCUGCACUAGUGGCUGACCUUUUGUACAGUGUACCGACUCUGCAUGGUUCCCACAUGUUCUAGUACUUCCUGUUACUAGGGCCAUGUGUCGGGUUUCCUUCUUCAGGGAGCUUUCCCAGGUGGUUAUUACGCUAGCAUACAUCAUUCAUUUCCAUUCCCUUCGGAGUGCCUGAAUCCAAUCACACCAGCUGGUGUUUGCAUUUCCUCUCCAGCAGCAAUGGGAAGAAGAUGGGCCCUGUCCUGAAGCGUUCCCAGGAGUUUGAGGUCCCUUUAGCAGCCUGCAUCUGGAGUCUGUCCCCAGAACAAACAGGCUCUAGGAGGUCCCAUGACUUUGGAGAAGUGAUUUAUGUCCAAGAAUAAAU